AUGCAUUACAUGCACUAUUCCCUACUCCUUACCGGCAGUCUUUCCGCUGCUGCAGAGGUCCACAGCGGCUUCUGCUACGGCUCCCACUGGGACUCCAACACACCAAAGACGUACGACGACUUCAAACGCGGUUUCGAGUCUGCAAAAGCCAUCAAAGGAGCCGGCGUGACCUUCAACAGUGCCCGUCUGUUCUCCUCAUUGCAGUGGGGAACCACCAACGAACCCUCUUCGGCUUUCAAAGCCGCCAUCGACACUGGCACAACCCUCCUCAUGGGCAUCUGGAUCGGCGCCGAGAGCACGCCCAGGGAGCUUUCGGCGAUCGACAAAGCCUUCGAACAGUAUGGAGAAGACCUCGCAAAUCUAGUUGUCGGCAUCUCGGUUGGCAGCGAGGACAUCUUCCGUGGCUCAGGGCAAUGCCGAGAUAACAACAGUGGCAAGCCCUGUGCUAACGCGGCUUCUCCCGACGAUGUAAAGAGUAACAUCACGCUCGUACGGGAUCACAUAUCGAGGGCUUUUUACGCCGACCUGUUGAAAGACAAGCCCAUCGGGCAUGUCGAUAUCGGCGCCUUCACGUUGAACGAAGGCGUCGACUUCGUCGGCUUCACCGCGUACCCUUACUGGAACAAAGACACGAUCGAGAAUGCCCUUGGGAGUUUUCAAGGCACGAUGAACCUGGUUCAAGAGAAGGCUGGUGGUAAGCCGGCUUGGAUCGCAGAGACAGGAUGGCCUGUCAGUGGCCCUUCCACCAGAGCCGACGCCAACCUCGAGAACAUGCAGACAUACUGGCGUGAAGUCGGCUGCUCUCUGUUUGGCAAGCACAACGUGUGGUGGUUCGAGCUGGAGCGCGACACGUACCACGAAGUCGACUAUGACUGGGGUGUCAUCGACGUUAAUACGCGGCUCCCACGCAUUGACUUCAGUUGUCCUGGCACCGCUGACAAUGGUGAGCCCGUUCCUAUUACACCACCAGCACGCCCCCCUCCGUCUCCGCCUUCCCCUCCCCCAGCCCCAGCCCCAUCACCACCUCAACCACCACCCCAACAGUUCAAACCCCCUGAGCCCGCAAUUCCUUCCCCCCUUCCUCCUCCCCCUCCUCCUCCUCCUCCAGCACCACCAGCCCCAACCCAAACAUUCAAACCCCCUCAACCCGCAGCACCAGCACCUCCAACCCAACAGUUCAGCCCUCCCCAACCCGCCGGCCCCGCAAACACAAUCCCUUUCGUCGCACCCGUCCCUGCUGCCGCCGCCACACCCGCCAACCGUCCCGCACUGCAGGGUCUGCGGAUCCCGCGACCAGCCGAGGGGGUCGGGGAAUGGAGGACGGGGAUUUAAGGAGCCUAAGUGAGUGCUAGGAAUUGAGUAUGGAUAUGGGGAGGUGGGAGACGGUUGUGGUGUCACAGGAGUAAGGAUGAGAAAUGAGGAGAGCAUGACUGCUGCGUUCGUUACUUCCCUCCCUUAGAUAUUUGGGAUAUAUUGUUUCAGGCUUGUAUUUUCCUGUUUUUUUCCUUCUCGAUGAAUGGGUAAGGGGAUGUACCACAGUAUCGUGGCGUGCGGGAUUGUAAUUGCGGAAUCUGAAGGGUCCCCCCUUCCAGUCUCAUGUCGCCG